UUAAACCCCCACAAACUCAUGCCUCCAUUCAUUGCAACUACCAGCUUUCAGUUUCUGAUUCAAGAUUCAUUUGAGGAAGAGAGGAAGCCAGCAAAGCGAUGGGUUUCACUUCUGGACAAGGAGUAGUCACCUUACUGGUGUUAACUGCUUCCCUGUUAGCGGUCGGUAUGGCAAACAGACCCAUUGCAGGUAAGCCUGCAAAUCACUGGAAUUCCGGCUUCAAUCACAGCAUUUGGGGUCCCAGAAACAAUCCUUUCCACCCCAAUAAUACCCGGCCUCCCAAGAAGUUCAUCGUCGGUGGAUCGGAGCGCUGGCGCUACGGCUUUAACUACACUGAUUGGGCUCUCAAGAAUGGACCCUUCUACAUUAACGAUACUCUGGUGUUCAAGUAUGAUCCUCCAAACAGCACCACAUUUCCUCACAGCGUAUACUUGUUGCCAAACUUUGGGAGCUUCCUGACGUGCGACCUGAGUAGAGCCAAGCAAGUGGCUACGGUGGCGCAAGGAGGCAGCAAGGGGUUUGAGUUUGUGCUAAAGAACUUGUGGCCUCACUACUUCGCCUGCGGGGAACACAAUGGGCUGCACUGCAAAGAGGGAAUGAUGAAGUUCUCUGUGAUGCCGCUAUUUCGUCCCUGCCAUGGCUGAUCAUGAAUGGAGAAUGGCUAGGGAAGAUGCAGUGCUUCUUCUUCUUCUUCUUGUGUGUUUUUUUGCUUAAUUUCCAUGUUCUGAAUUUUAAAGAAAUAAAGAGUUUUCAGACUCAACAGUUGUAGG